GGGCCUUCACCUUAUUUUCCCUUUUCCCUAUCCCUGGUGAAUUUUUGGAGCUGGCAAACAGUCUGCCCACCAUGAGUGGCAUAUAAUAUUCGGGAGCUGGAACUCCUCUGGAGGGGCACCCAAAAUAUUUCCCCCACCUGUCUGUCCGGUACGCGUCUGGCUGUCAAUGCCCCCGAUCCGUUUGAAUCUCCUCCACCGUGCCACAUCCCAGGCCUCUCCGAAACCUUCCUCCAACGUCUCGAGCGUUUGCGCCUGUAAUCAUUGUACUCUGGACUACCGUCUGCCCGCCCCGUUCGGAUUGAAAUCCCAAUUCCAACCUCGAUCCCAAGACGACGGCAACAAUGUGCCACUACUUUAAAAACUUUUACAUCUACAGCACCUGUCGAGAGCCGGCUGCGCACAUCAUCAAGACCAACAUGGACGAUGAAAGCAAAGAGCCCAAAUGCUCCGACAGUCCGCAUGACAGGUUUAUUGUGGUCGUGGGGUUAUGCCUUCUCUGCCGCUAGCCGACAUGAACGGCGGUGUCAAUCGCGCCUUCCUUUCUUCCUUCCUUCCAGGGCCGAGACCGAGCUGGGAAUUCUGUCCCUCCAGAUCGCCAUCACGACGACAACAUCCCUCGCAUCCCCACCUCCUUCACCUCCGCGUUCCAUCACAAAUACUUGAUGUCUUUCCCCCGGGCUCUGGCUCUCGUGCCAGUUUGGAUUUCUGUGUAGUUAUCCUGUCGAUAUACUGUUUCUCUUGUACCUUUCUUUCUUGCCUGUUUUAUUGGAUGGCGACUUUACAAUCUUGGAGAGUCAAGCUGGGCUUGAUAUUCUAACGGAAUCGAUACCAUAUACAUGCAUGGUGCUUGGGGAGUUCAACAAAGACCGGAUAUCACAUCUAGAUGGUUUCUGAAUGCUUAUUUUUCUUCU